AUCUCAUUUCUGAUGAGGAUGUUUUGUUUUUCUUUCAACAUUAGCUUACACCAUUUUCAUUGUUAAAUGAUGAUUUAUACAAGCUUCGUGCUAAUAGUUAAUUUUCUCGGAAACAUUUAAUACUCCUCAAACACGUCAGUUUUAAGUUUUUGCACUUUGGAGGCUACAUCAGUAGGCGGAACUAUGGUCAAGCGUACCCAUUUUCGGGAACGCAUUUUCGUUCCCAUGUUUGGGAACGAUAAACCCAAAUAUGGGAACGCCAUGUAGGCAUUAUUUAAAACAAGAAAAAGAACUGUUAAAUGACGUCCAAAAAAUAUAAAACGAUCAUGAACCGCCUGAUAUUUGUCUCAAUAUUGUUGGGAAAGAGUUUGAUAUUGUAAGGCCCAUUGAAGUUUCAAAUCGUUCCCCUAUUUCUAAAGCAGUCCAUCAUCCGGGCCGCGAGCCCAAAUUUGGGAACGCUCUCGUACACUGGCGCUGCAAGCGUUCUUUAUUAUGGGAACGGUGUACCCAAAAUUGGGAACGAUUUCACUGACGCCUUUCAGGGGCUCUUUUUAUUAACAAGCAUCACGUCCAACGCCGCAAAUUAUUGUUAACAAUCAUCAGAUGACCUUUCCGGCAAGACCGUCGCAUGUUUCGCCCGGUCUUCUGCGCUUUUAUUCCCGUCGAUCUCGCAGCGGGCACGCCCCCCUCUGCAGGAUUAUGUAAUUCACAACGCUCAGCGAUGUUCAACAAGGUCUUCCAUGCCUAUAUCCACCGUCCGCGCCGAGGGUGGAGACAUGUCAAGCACCUGUCUGUUUAUCACCGAUAGUUGACGAGCACAAGAUGGCUACCCACGUGGAGGGGCUGAAGGAUGAGGUGUACCUGCCGCCAGAGGAGCUGGCCAGUGCUGCCCACUGCUCCUCCAUGCAGCAGUACAACGACAUGUACAAACAGUCCAUUGAUGAGCCGGAGGCGUUCUGGGGCCAAAUAGCCAAACAGUUCCACUGGAAGACGCCGCACUCUGGCAAAUUUUACGACUACAACUUUGACGCGGCCAAAGGCAAGGUCUUCAUUGAGUGGAUGCGUGGAGCGACGACCAACGUCUGCUAUAACGCGCUGGACCGCCACGUCGAAAACGGGGACGCCGACCGCGUGGCGUUCUACUGGGAGGGUAACGAGCCGGCCGACGACGAGGUAGUUACCUAUGGCCAGCUGUUGGAACGGGUCCGCCGCUGCAGUAACGCCCUGCGCGCGCUCGGCGUGCGCCGCGGAGACCCAGUGGCCGUCUACCUGCCCAUGAUACCCGAGCUGGCCGUCACAGUGCUGGCCUGCGCGCGCAUCGGCGCCGUGCACUCGGUCGUGUUUGGCGGUUUUUCGGCGGACGCGCUGGCCGACCGGAUCCUGGACGCCAAGUGCGAGGUCAUCGUCACCUCCGACGGCUUCUGGCGCGGCAACAAGCUGGUGCACCUGAAGGAGAUCGCCGACCACGCGGUCCAGGAGUGCGCCGAGAAGGACCACACGGUGCGGAAGGUGCUGGUGGUGCGGCACCUGCCGCGGCUCAAGCAGCACACGGGCACCAACGGGGCCACCGACGGCGAGCAGCCCGCCAAGAAGAUGGAGUACGACAUCGAGGCGGCCUGGAGCGCCGGCCGGGACGUCUGGUGGACAGACGCCAUGAAGGAGGCGGCGCCCGACUGCGAGCCCGAGUGGAUGGAUGCCGAGGACCCGCUCUUCAUGCUCUAUACCAGCGGCUCGACGGGUAAGCCGAAGGGCGUGCUGCACACGACGGCCGGCUACAUGCUGUACGCGGCCACCACGUUCAAGUACUCGUUCGACUACCACCCGGAGGACGUGUACUGGUGCACGGCUGACGUGGGCUGGAUCACGGGCCACUCGUACGUGGUGUACGGGCCGCUGCUCAACCGGGCCACCUCCGUCAUGUUCGAGGGCUCUCCGUUCUACCCAAACGGCGAGCGUCCGUGGCAGAUAGUCGACAAGUACGCCGUCUCCAAGUUUUACACAGCGCCUACCGCCAUCCGCGCACUCAUGAGACUCGGAGACGAACUGGUUACCAAGUACAGCCGUCGCUCGCUGAAGGUGCUGGCCACGGUGGGCGAGCCCAUCAACCCGGAGGCGUGGCUGUGGUACCACCGGGUGGUGGGCGACGCGCGCUGCGCCGUCGUCGACACGUUCUGGCAGACGGAGACGGGCGGCCACGUCAUCACACCGCUGCCCGGCGCCACGCCCACCAAACCGGGCUCGGCGUGCCGGCCCUUCUUUGGCGUCCAGCCGGCGCUACUCGACGAACAGGGAGUGGAGAUCCACGGCCCCGGAGAGGGCUACCUGGUGUUCCGCCGGCCCUGGCCGGGCAUCAUGCGGACCGUGUUCGGCAACCACGAGCGCUUCGAGACCACCUACUUCAAAAAGUUCAACGGGUUCUACUGCACGGGCGACGGCGCGCGGCGAGAUGAGGACGGCUACAUCUGGGUGACGGGACGGAUCGACGAUAUGCUGAACGUGUCCGGACACCUGCUCUCCACAGCCCAGAUCGAGUCGGCACUGAUCGAGCACCCGUCCGUGGCUGAGGCGGCCGUGGUGGCCGUGCCGCACUCCAUCAAGGGCGAGGCCGUCUACUGCUUCGUCACCAACAAGCAGGGCACCGAGUGGAGCGACCAGCUGAAAAAGGACCUCAUUCUCAAAGUACGCGAGCGGAUCGGUGCGUUCGCGGCGCCCGACUACCUGCAGAGCGCGCCGGGCCUGCCCAAGACGCGCUCCGGUAAGAUCAUGCGGCGCGUGCUGCGGAAGAUCGCCGUCGGAGACCGCCAGCUGGGUGAUGUGAGUACGAUGGCCGACUCGACCGUCAUAGACGCACUGUUUGAGCUGCGCAGCGUCCACCUCAAGUAGCGGCGGCGGCGUGGCGGGCGGGCCGCCCCCAGAGCCACUGCUGCAGCAGUGUGGAGGGCCGGCCGUCCCAGAGCCCCAGUAGCGCAGUCGGUAGCGGGCGGGCGGCGACGGUAGCGGGGUGGUGCGGCGGCGCGGCUGCCGGUGGUGCCUCAGUGAUGUGGUGCGCCGUCCCAGCGCCUCAGUAGCGGGCGGCAGCGGUAGCGGGGUGGUGCGGCGGCGGCCCAGCUGCCGGCGGCGCCAGGGAACCAUAACCCGGUGAUGGGGCUGAUCAAAGGCGGCCCGGCGCCAGGGAACAGCUGCCGGCGGCGCCAGGGAACCAUAACCCGGUGAUGGGGCUGAUCAAAGCCGACCCGGCGCCAGGGAAAGCUGCCGGCGGCGCCAGGGAACCGCUGCCGGCGGCGCCAGGGAACCAUAACCCGGUGAUGGGGCUGAUCAAAGCCGGCCCGGCGCUCUUUUCUAACGUACAAACGGUGUCCAGUAUUGGUGUAUCACCGACGGCGACCACGGCUCAAAACGCAGCAGGUGCCGAGGAUCACGAGUGCAGUGUAUUUUUUACGGCUCUUUUUGGACGAGCUGUGCGCCAGAGAUGUAUAUCGGGUGUUUGUGAGACGAAAGAGCGGCUCAUUUCGCGAGCGUCAUUUGGAUGCGCACACGCGUCGUGGAACAAACCUAUGUUUUAUACCAUUGUGGUGGCCAAUUUUGUUUGAGACGGUCGAUUUCGGCUGGCGUAUGGAUGAACAAAGAACAUGUUUUUUUCGGGCGAGACUAUUUUAGACUCGCUGCUGCAAUACCUCCAUGUUUUACCGAGCGUGGCUGGCGUGCCUUGGUGAGCCUUGGCUGGAUCAUGGCGUGCUUGGAUUAUGCGCGCGUGUGAGAGCUUUGCUGCCUGAAUUCAGACAGUAUAGAUAUGUUUGUGCAGAGACGUUUUACUAGAUUUAGUGGUCGACAGUGGUGGUAGGAAUAAAGUGCUUUGAGAUGA